GUAGGUGGGCAGUGAGAGAGAGGAGCCAUUGUAGAAUGUAGAUCAGAUCGAGCAACCAUCCAAUCCAAAAAAGAGAUCCAUGGCGGAAGCGGCGGGAGUGCGCGUGCUGGACCGCCUCCGCGUGCCGCCGGCGCCGCCCUGCCCCUCCGCGGACCUCCCCAUCACCUUCUUCGACGCCGCCUGGCUCUUCACCGGCCCCGUCCAGCGCCUCUUCUUCUACCGCCACGCGAACCCGUCCGCCGCGCUCCCGCUGCUCGCCGCCUCCCUGCCGCACGCGCUCGCCCGCUUCCCCCCGCUCGCCGGCACCAUCAGCCCCGCCGCCCGCCGCCUCUCCUACUCCACCGCCCACGACGCGCUCCACUUCGUCCUCGCCGAGUCCACGGCCCCGGACGACUUCGACCGGUUCGUCGCCGCCGGGCCCCGGGACCUGAGCCUGUUGCGCCCGCUCGUGCCCGCGCUGCCCCCGCCCGGAAAGGACGGGGCUUUCGCGCUCGCCGCCCUGCAGGCCACCGUGUUCCCCGGCCGCGGGGUCUGCGUCGGCGUCUCCGUCCACCACGCCGCCUGCGACGACGCCUCCGCCACGCUCUUCGUCCGGACCUGGGCCGCCGCGUGCCGCCUCAGGGCGCCCCUCGACGGUGCCGAUCAUUCCGAAGCCGUGCCGCCGCCGCCCGUGCUCGACCGCUCCCUCGUCGCCGACCCCGACGACCUGCUCGGCAAGACGCUCGCCGGGAUGAGCCGCCUCGCGUCCGGACCUCCGCCUCCGCCCCCGCAAGCGCAGGGGCCUCCGCCCCCGCAAGCGCAGGGGCCUCCGCCUCCGUCUCCGGUGAUCGCGUCCUUCGCGCUGACGCGCGACCAGAUCGACGGGAUCAAGGACGCGGCCGCGGCGCAGGGCGCACCGCACAUGUCGUCGUUCGUGGCGGCGUCGGCGCUGGCGUGGGUGUGCCUGCUGCGGAGCCGGUCCGCGGGCGUCGAAGGCGCGGCGCGCAGCCACAUGCUGUUCUCGGCGGAGUGCCGGUCGAGGCUGUCGCCGCCGCUCCCGGCCGAGUACUUCGGCAACUGCCUGCGGCCGUGCUUCGUGGAGGCCGCGACGUCGGACCUGAUGACGACCGACGACGCGGGCGGCGUGGCGGUGGCUGCUGCGGCCAUCGGGGCGGCGAUCAGGGAGAUGGAGCGGGGCGUGCUGGAGGGCGCGGAGGGUUGGCUGGGUCAGGUGAUGUCGGUGCUGCCGCAGCGGCCCAUGUCGGUGGGCGGGUCGCCGCGGCACGGCGUGUACGAGGGCACGGACUUCGGGUGGGGGAAGCCGUGCAGGGUGGACAUGGUGUCCACCGAGAUGACCCCCGGCACGGUGUCCCUGGCCGAGAGCCCCGACGGCCUGGGCGGCGUCGAGGUCGGCGUGGUGCUGCCGCCGGACGCCAUGGAAGCUUUCGCCUCCUGCUUCGCCGAGCUCCUCAACAACAAGAAGAGCGUGUGACUGACAUCGCCCGUGUGUCCGUGUGUGUGUGGUGACCACGAGCUGGCUUUUGCUCUUGUGAAGUUGUGAUGAUGUGUCAAAUUUAAAAUGGGAUUAUAUGUAUGGAAGUAUGUUAUUUUCAUCUUCACUAAAUUUU